CAACUCUCAGAAAGGGAAGGGGCUGAAACCUUGAUAUGUAGCCAUUUGGACACAACCAUGGGACCUUUUGAAGUCCUCAUAGUUACCCUUCUUUUCCUUGGAGCUACAGAAUCUGCUGAUGAUAUAUUUGAUCUUUCUGAUGCAUUAGAUCCAGGGCAGCCGCCCCGGAUAAACCAGGACAAAGAAUCAUGUCCCAAUGAUGAAAGAGACAUUGUCUUCCUUAUUGAUGGUUCAAGCAGCCUGACACCCUCAGAAUUCAUGCAGAUGAAAAUAUUUCUUGCAUUUGUCAUGAAAAGCUUCCCUGACAACACACAGUUCUCUCUCCUGCAGUUCUCUAACCAAUUCCGCGAGCAUUUUGACUUUAGACACUUUAGUCAAAAUCGGGAUCCUGACCGCCUGCUCAGAGACGUCGCUCACCUGCGUGGCUCCUCAUAUACAGCCACUGCGAUCAGGAAGGCUGUAAGAGAGCUUUUCACCACACAAAAAGGGGCACGCAACACAGCCAAGCGGUUCCUUGUGGUGGUGACAGAUGGGGAGAAAAUUGGAGACCCGCUGGACUAUGCAGAGGUUACCGAGGAGGCCAACAGAGCUAUGAUAACGCGCUUUGCAAUUGGGGCUGGUUUGGGGUUUAUAAGAAAAACUGCCCAACAGGAGCUCCAUGCCAUGGCCUCACACCCUGCCCCACACCAUGUCAUUGUUGUGAGACACUUCUCAGAACUCAGGAACAUCCAGGCCGAGCUGAAAGAGAAGAUUUGUGCCACCCGAGGUCAAUCCCUUCCACAGCCAGCAAGUGGCUCCCUGUCACCCGACACCUGCAGCUCCCACUCUGAUCCUCAGGUGCUUCAGAAACUGGAGCAAGUACUGACUGGCUUGGAUCAGGUCAAAACCAAGUUGGAUUUGCUGGCAGCCAAGCAAGGGAAAUGUGGGCGUGAUUCCCUCUUCUCCUGAGCUGGUUGCUGGAUGGAGGCCAUCUUGUCUCAAGCCGCAAGUGAGCAGUGGGGGAGAAAACACAAAAAGCUAAGAAGGAACGCCAGCUCCAGGCACAGAGAUGCAUGCUGAAAGCAUUUGCUAGUUGGCCAGCACAGGAAUAAAGUAAAUAAAUAAAUGACUUAAUCUGGAUUCUUAUAGGAUGCCAAUAAAUCCAUAUGCUCACCA